UUUUUUUAAAAAAAAGAGAGAGAGAGAGAGAGAGAGAGGAGGAGGAGGAGGAGGAGGAGGAAGAGGAGGGUGUUAAAAGGCUUCUUGCAGGAGUGUUCUUGGGAGAGAGAGAGAGAGAUGAGUGUGACAACGCUAACUUUCUUCCCCAUCUCCAAACCCUUCUCCAUCUUCCAUAUUCACACCUCCAUUUCUCUCAGAAUCAACCCUUGGCCACCAAUACGACGUCGAAUGGUCUCCAAAGCAUCUCACAGUGCCCACCUUGGUUUAGCCGUUCAGGACGAUUUCCACGCUUUUUUGGAGAUUCUUCCUUGUGAUUUGCGUAACAAUCUUCUGAAUGAACCGAAAAGAGCUCAACUUCUAGAGGUCAUUUUGGAUCUGGGUCGGUUGCCAGAAGCUCGCUAUUUGGGUGACUGCGGUGGCAAGUAUUUGAGGGAUACUCAGGUAUCAAUGGAAGAAUUGGAGUAUGCUCAAAAUGCUGUCGGGGAAUUUGGAGGGGACAAUAGAGCUGGCAUUGAGGGUACCUUGCACAGGAUAUCUGCAAUCAGGAGUAGGAAUGGAGUGAUAGUUGGUUUGACUUGCCGAGUUGGUAGGGCUGUCAGUGGUCAUGUUGAUAUGAUCCGUGAUCUGCUUCCAUUUGGGGAGAGCAUCCUGUUUGUUGGGAGGCCUGGAGUUGGUAAGACCACUGUUAUGAGAGAGAUUGCACGGGUCUUGUCCGAUGAGCUUAACAGAAGAGUGGUGAUUGUUGAUACUAGCAAUGAAAUAGGAGGGGAUGGGGAUAUUCCACAUGCUGCAAUAGGAGGCGCAAGAAGAAUGCAGGUUCCUGAACCCUCCAUGCAACACAGGAUCAUGAUUGAAGCUGUAGAGAAUCACAUGCCUGAGGUGAUCAUUGUUGAUGAGAUAGGCACAGAAGCCGAAGCUCUUGCUUGUCGUUCUAUUGCUGAGAGAGGCAUCAUGCUUAUUGGUACUGCUCAUGGAGAGCGGCUUGAGAACAUAAUAAAGAAUCCCACUCUUUCUGAUCUGGUUGGGGGAAUAGAAACUGUUACUUUAGGAGAUGCUGAAGCUCGUGCUAGAAGAUGUCAGAAAAGCAUUCUUGAACGGAAAGCUCUUCCAACAUUUCCUUUCUUGAUUGAGAUGAGAGAAAGACACUAUUGGGUUACGCAUUGGACACAAAGGAGUGUGGAUAUGUUGCUUCAUGGAAAAAGGCCACUGGUUGAGGUCAGGAGGAGGAAUGAUCAGUUCGAGGUUGUAAUUGAGAGAGGUACAUAUGAUGGAUCUGAGAUUUAGUUUCCAUUUUCAUCAAGUUGUAUCAUUCUCCACUAGGUGGCUGCUAGUCAUUGUUACAGACUCCCUUGUGUGGAGUCGCUCGAAAAUUUGUUUAGUUUGCUACAAAAGAUGUUAAAAUUUGUACUAUUUUUUUCUUUAAUGAUUUAUAUUUUGAAUAA